CGUACCCUGGGAGCAGCAAGUCUCAGCCUCCAUCCAUCCCUCCCCUGCCUCCUCCUCUCUCUGUACAAGUCAGGAGCAGCGCACAGCCGGCUAGAUCAGCCAGACAACCUGCAGGGGAGAACAGCUCUAGAGCUCUGCGAUCAGGAGGCUCACCAUUGUUUUGGAUUAUUACAGGGAACUUUUACAAACUUUUCUUGCUUGGUUACUUGUGGAUCGCCAUCCAGGAUCUGGGCUGAGGAGCAGUCCCACCAGACAAGGACUUUUUAAGGCUCCUAAAGGGAUUUGUCGGGUUCUGCAGCAUCUCAGGAUCUGGGUUACAGAGCAGUCCCACCAAUCAAGAACCUUUCCAAGGUUCCUGUAGGGUUGUGUCGGGUUCUGCAGCAUCUUAGGACCAGGACUGAAGAGCAGUAAAAGCAAUCAAGAACUUUUCAAGGUUCCUGUAGUGUUGUGUUGGGUUCUGCAGCAUCUUAGGACCAGGACUUAAGAGCAGUCAAGAACUUCCCAAGGUUCCUGAAGGGUUUUGUUGGGUUCUGCAGCAUCUCAGGACCAGGACUGAAGAGCAGUCAAGAACUUUCCAAGGUUCCUGUAGGGUUGUGUUGGGUUCUGCAGCAUCUCAGGAGUCAGGACCAGGACUGAAGAGCAGUCAAGAACUUUCCAAAGUUCCUGAAGGAUUUUGUCGGGUUCUGCAGCAUUUCAGGAUCUGGGCUGAGGAGCAGUCCCACCAUCCAAGAACUUUUCAAGGUUUCAGAAGGAUUUGUCGGGUUCUGCAUCAUCCCAGGAUCUUUGUAUUGAAGAGGACUUUUAUUUUUUGGGGGGGAUUUGGUGGUGAUCGGAGCCCCCCAGUUGUUGCAUGGUGGCCAGGAUCGGUUGGUUGGGAAGAUGGGCUCUAUGCUGUGGUCGCUUCUCUUCUACUUGCCUGCACUGUGCUGCCUGGAGGUCUACAGCUUCGGGGAGGAAGAGGAGAGGCGCUGCGACCCAAUCAGGAUCUCCAUGUGCCAGAACCUGGGCUACAAUGUAACUAAGAUGCCCAACCUGGUGGGACAUGAACUCCAGACCGAUGCCGAGCUACAGCUUACCACCUUCACCCCUCUCAUCCAGUAUGGGUGCUCCAGCCAGCUGCAGUUUUUCCUGUGUUCUGUGUACGUUCCGAUGUGUACGGAGAAAAUUAACAUCCCAAUCGGCCCCUGUGGUGGCAUGUGUCUUUCCGUCAAGAAAAGGUGUGAGCCUGUCCUCAAAGAAUUUGGAUUUGCUUGGCCAGAAAGUUUGAACUGUAGCAAAUUUCCACCCCAGAAUGAUCACAAUCACAUGUGCAUGGAGGGUCCUGGAGAUGAGGAGGUGCCCAUGCACAGCAAGACCUCUGUGCAGCCUGGGGAAGAGUGCACUGCCAUGGGUCCAAACUCUGAACAAUACACCUGGGUUUCGAGAAGCAUGAGCUGUGUCUUGAAGUGCGGCUAUGAUGCGGGUCUCUAUACUCGCAUGUCCAAGGAAUUCACUGACAUCUGGAUGACCGUGUGGGCCAGCUUGUGCUUUUUAUCCACCGCAUUCACAGUGCUCACUUUUUUGAUUGACUCAUCUCGUUUCUCCUAUCCUGAGAGACCUAUCAUCUUCCUGAGCAUGUGUUAUAAUAUUUAUAGCAUUGCCUAUAUUGUGAGAUUGAUUGUGGGUCGAGACAGAAUAGCCUGUGAGUUUGGCGAGGCUUCGGCGCCCGUUCUCAUCCAGGAAGGGCUUAAGAACACAGGAUGCGCCAUCAUUUUCCUGCUCAUGUACUUUUUUGGAAUGGCUAGCUCCAUCUGGUGGGUGAUUUUGACACUGACCUGGUUCCUUGCAGCAGGUCUUAAGUGGGGACAUGAAGCUAUAGAGAUGCACAGCUCCUACUUCCAUAUCGCUGCUUGGGCCAUUCCAGCUGUAAAAACAAUUGUCAUCUUGAUCAUGAGACUUGUUGAUGCAGAUGAGUUGACUGGUCUUUGCUAUGUUGGCAACCAAAACAUUGAUGCCCUCACUGGUUUCGUAGUAGCCCCGCUUUUUACCUACUUGGUGAUUGGUACUCUGUUUAUAGCAGCCGGACUUGUGGCGUUAUUUAAAAUCAGGUCCAACCUUCAAAAAGACGGAACCAAAACAGACAAGCUAGAACGAUUAAUGGUGAAAAUCGGCGUCUUCUCUGUUUUGUACACUGUGCCAGCAACCUGUGUGAUCGCCUGCUACUUCUACGAGAUCUCCAAUUGGUCUGUUUUCCGAUACACAGCCGAUGAGUCCAACAUUGCUGUGGAGAUGCUCAAGAUAUUCAUGUCCCUUUUGGUGGGCAUCACGUCGGGUAUGUGGAUCUGGUCUGCCAAGACGCUGCAUACGUGGCAGAAGUGUUCAAACAGAUUAGUGAACUCUGGGAAAGUGAAAAGGAAGAAAAGGGCCGAUGCUUGGGUAAAACCAGGCAAAGGGAAUGAAACUGUGGUAUAGCCAAUGGUUGCAAAAAGUCCUGUUUUUGAGUGUGAACACUGCCUUGAGUCAUGCUAACUUGCUGUUACUGCAGGCUAAGGCCUAAAACAUUGGUUCACCUUACAGACCCUAUCAGGAUGUGCGCUCUGCAGUUGAACGGUGUGCUGGAAAUGUACAUUUGGCUUCCUCUAUGCCUUGCGUUAAGAGGUAAAGGUUGACCUAGAUGUAAAAGUGGAUGCCCUCAGGAAAAAAGCAGAGCUUGACUUGACCACCCAUGACAGCUCUGUGUGACUUGUAACCACUGGGCCUUUUUAUGGUCCUGUCUUUCAUAUUUGUAUUUCAGUGCUGCAUGAAAGCAAAAAUUUUCUUUUUUAGGCUAUAUUUGUGGUAAAGUCUUAAAACUUGUACAGGACUGGAAGGCGACUUCCAAGACAACAGGCUGAGGGACAUGUCUACAGAGCAGUGCUAAAGUUAAGGGCACAUGUCCUAAUGUUUUGCAUCCUAGUAAGCAUGGCCCAAAGUGUAUUUUGAUAUAUUUAAAGAUACAGCUGUAUUGUACUAGUCAAAGAAAAAUGACAAAGAGGGAGCCAUUGAACACUGGAAACUAGAGUUUAACUCUGAAGUGCCUUAUGAACUGAAAUAUUUUCAUUUUUGUGUGUUUUGGCCUAACCAAGUCCCAGUUGUUGGAGUAUUACAAACAUUCAUGUCCAUAUAGAUUAGAAUGUUUUUUUUAAUUUGUAUCUUUGGUUAGUUCAAAAUGCAUUAUAAAUGAAAAUAUAUGGAAGAAAGCCAAGGCUCCUAUGGAUUUUAAGAAAUGAAAAAUAAUGCACUAUUUGCUAUGUGAAUGUGUAUAGAUAUAGUAUACUUUGCGUGGUGCCUUUCUGAAAUAUAAGGUCAAAUGUUGAGAAGAACAUAUUGGCAUUCAGAAAAUGACAACUCCUAUAUAAAUUCCUUCCCAGGCCUACUGCUAAAACCACUUUUAUGAAAUUAAUAAAACAAUGGCCAUCUAUGAGAAGCAGACAGUUGGCGCAUGCUAAAGCCAAAUUUCAGCACUGGGUGGUAAGACAAUUCAGUAAUUCCCUACUGCUUUUUUCGUUUAGGCUUCUAUAGGAAACACCUAAUAAUAAUUGAAUGACCUCCAGCCAGAAAUUUCUGAAUGGUGGCCACAUGUCCUGGCUGGUGGCCAGCUGCUAGCUGUAGGGCUAAACCUCCUGUCAACCCUAGCCUCUACAAUGUACAACUAAACGUAUGCACUAUUACAUUGAGCCUUCACAAAGCUGUCCCUGAAUCAUCCUAGGAGACCAGUUUUCUUACAGCAAGCACUGUGCUUUCUCUGUUUAAUCCAAAACUGUGUCUUUAGACUGCCAUUGAAACUAGUGGGAAGUUGCGCCUGAUUUUAUUUGGUUAUAUUGGUAAGACCUAAAGAGCACUUGUCACAAAUGCCCAUAUCGGCAAAUAUAAUAUAAUUUUUUUUUUUAAACAGUUGAAUAAAAAUGUAAUAACAAUGUAAGUUAGCCUUUCACUGGGUACUAGGUGUCUAUAUUUCGUAAUCCCUGCUGCUCCCCAAUACCCUUGCCCACACUCUGGAUUUCCAGUUGAAGCUCCUCAUCUUCUGAGAUUAGAGUUCUCAGAAGUUCUCGUGUUCUCAGAAGAUCAGAUGGGAAGAGUGAAGGGGGAUUACUCAAAAU